AUGGCUCCCUCCAAAAAUAUACAAUCCGAGAAAGAGAAAAAAGGUGCAGACCCCAUCAAGGUCAACGUACCCAAAAGCGCCCCUCUCACAACCCAGCCUGAUAAGGUCUCCUCCCCAGUUGGCAGUGGAGAAGAUCCAAAAACAAUCUUAGACUACACACCUAAGGAAGAAAUCCCUGUCCUUGUGAAGAAGUUGAGAGAUAACUAUCAUGCUGAGCUUAAAUCUCAUUCCAUCCAAUUCCGUCUUAAUCAAUUAAGAAACAUUUACUUUGCGAUAAAAGACAACGUCGAUGACAUUUGCGAUGCUUUACGCAAAGAUUUUGGGCGAGCUCCAACGGAAACCAUUAACUUGGAGUAUGCUCCCCUCAUGAAGGAAAUUGUACACAUCAUGGCUCACUUACAUGAGUGGGUUAGACCGGAACCAGUGACUAACUUACCCAUCUCCAUGAAAAUGGACCCUAUCUACAUUGAGAAAGAGCCAUUGGGUGUUGUACUCAUCAUUUCCCCAUUUAACUAUCCAUUGCUAUUAUCGGUGUCCUCUCUUAUCGCUGCAAUUGCGGCUGGUAACUCGGUUGUCUUGAAAGUUUCCGAGUUUACUCCCCACUUUGCAAAACUUUUGACAACUAUUCUAGUGAAGGCACUUGAUCCAACUACUUUUGCAAUGGUCAAUGGUGGUAUUGAAGAGUCUACUGCCCUCUUAGAUCAGAAGUAUGAUAAGAUCAUGUACACUGGUUCAAUUCCUGUUGGCACUAUCAUUGCCAAGAAAGCAGCAGAAACCUUGACUCCGGUCCUUUUGGAAUUGGGUGGUAAAUCCCCAGCCUUCGUGUUAGAUGAUGUUACUGAUGCAGAUAUUACAACUGUGGCAAGAAGAAUUGCUUGGGGUCGCUUCACUAAUGCCGGCCAAACAUGUGUUGCUGUUGACUAUGUGUUGGUACCUGAGAAGUUGAAGGAUAGGUUGGUAAAUGCGAUAGUGAAAGUUGUGAACGAGGAUUUUUACCCAACAUUGGACUCUAAGGAUCCAUCUUAUACGCAUAUUAUUCACCUGCGUGCCUUCGACACUUUGAAAAAGAUGAUUGAACUGUCGAAAGGAACUAUAGUGGCAGGAGGUCAGACAGACAGCUCUCACCGCUACAUAGCUCCAACAGUGAUUGACAACGUCGACUGGGAAGACUCAACCAUGCAGCAAGAGAUCUUUGGCCCAGUGUUACCAAUUUUGACGUACUCCGAUUUGAAGCUGGCUGUGAAAGAGGUGGUUAAGCGUCAUGACACACCAUUGGCGUUGUAUAUCUUUACGUCGGGUUCUACUCGGCGUUCAAAGAACACACAAGUUGACUACAUUCGGUCUGCUGUCAGAUCAGGAGGAACCAUUGUCAACGAUAGUAUUUUACAUGUUGGUUUGGACAAUGCUCCUUUUGGUGGAGUUGGAACUUCCGGCCAAGGUGCUUACCACGGCUACUUCUCUUUCAGGGCCUUCACACACGAAAGAACCACGAUGGAGCAGAACCUCAAGAUGGAUUUUGCCUUGAAAGUCAGAUACCCCCCUUACGGCGAGAAGAAGAGUAAAGCUGUAUCUCAAGCACAAACCUCGUACAAUGGUAGUGUGUGGUUCAGUCGUACUGGCAACGUUGCUAUAAGGGGCCCAGGACUGAUCUGGUCUUCGUGGACUAGUUUGCUUGGUGUUGGCGCUUUGAUUUAUCUGGUAGUAAAUGCUAUUUAA